UCCCAGUCCCACAACUCGUGUGUACAAACCCGCAAACGUGUGUCGGCAGACUCGGCCGAAAAGCAUCCUUUGAGUACAUAAGUGAGAACUUGAGUUCAAUUAUAAACUUUCUCAAACACGGAUUUAAGAUGGUUCGAGCAAGCAAAGCCCAGUCAAAGGCUGUUGAAGCAGCAACUCCUGGAAGUGCUACAGCUGAAGUAAUGGAAGUGGAUCAAACCAAAGCUGUCAAACCUGUCAGUGAACCUAAGAAAAGUCAGAGAGGAGUUCAAAAAGUGCCUGCAAGUAACUUAUUGAAUGGGAAAGCCAAACCAGCUGAAAAAGAAAUGCCUGCUUCUGUCAAAGCCCCAGCCGAUUCCAACAGCAAAGCAGGGAGAGGUCGCAAGAGAAGUGCUGCUGCAGAUGCUGUGCUACAGCCAACUAGCAAAAAGUCCAAAGUAAGCAGUGGCAGCAGCAGUCCUCCUGUGCAGCUCACUGCCCCUGCUGUGAAGGACGGUGUGGUGCUUACAGUGGGCAUGGGUGACAUAGGACAGCUCGGUCUUGGCCCUGAUGUAGAAGAGAAAACCAGGGUAGCAGUCGUACCUGGAUUGCCUAACAUUGUUGCAGUGUGUGCUGGAGGACUACACUCAGUUUGUCUUGAUGAGCAAGGAAAAGUACAUACAUGGGGCUGCAAUGAUGAGGGUGCAUUAGGACGCACCACUUCCUGUGAAGAAGACAACUUCAGCGCUGGCUGUGUAGAGGGCAUUGAGGGGCGAGUGGUACAGAUCACGGCUGGUGACUGCCACACUGCUGCCCUCACACACGAUGGCAGAGUCUACGCCUGGGGCUGCUUCAGAGACAACAGUGGUCCGCUGGGUUUCCUAGAGAGUGGCACUAUCCAGCGCAGCCCUCGCUUGCUGCCAGCAGGCGGUGAAGCCAUCAUAAAGUUGGCGUCAGGAAACAACCAUUUAGCAUUGCUGAGCCAGGCCGGCCGUCUAUACACCUGCGGCUGUGCCGAGAGCGGACAGCUGGGCAGACUGGCUGAGAGAUUUGCAUCUAGAGAUCUCAGGAACAGGAAUGGUUUUGAGGUAUUGCUGCAACCAGCUCCGGUGCGUGCGGUGCGUUUGCGACGCGUCGCGGUCACGUUUGACGACGUAUGGGCCGGUGGUGAGAACACCUUCGCCAGAGACGCCAGCACAGGAGCUAUAUUCGCCUGGGGACUCAAUAACUACAACCAAAUGGGCGAUGAAGACACGUCCACUAAAUUCCAGCCGACGCUUAUUAAGUCAAUGGCUGACAAGAAAUGGAAGAAAUUCACAAGCGGGCAGCACCACACUGUGGGUUUAGACAGCGAAGGACGAGUUUACACCAUGGGACGACAUGACUACGGACGCCUGGGCCUCGGAGACGCCGACAGGAAGGACGCUAAAGUGCCCACGCUGAUCGAGACUCUCAAGCAGCCUGUCAAGGACGUGUCCGCGGCAGGCUGUGUGUCGGUUGCAGUCACGGAAGAGGGCGUGGCCUACGGAUUUGGUAUGGGAACAUCGUCCCAGAUGAGUCAAGGCGACGAUGAAGAUUGUUGGGAGCCAAAAGAGUUCACAGGCAAGCAGCUGGCAGAGAGGAAAGUCGUAUCGGUGAGCGUUGGAGGGCAGCACUCGAUAGUUCUUGCAGUGCCCCAGUCUUAACUGUGCGCUUAGAUUUCAUAGGAAUGCAAGAUCGACGUCGUAACGCACAAAGUGGUGCGAUUUUUUUUUCUUGUUGUGGUCUUGGAGAUAACACGAUAGUUAGUUAUUUUAUGCCUAGCUUGUUUUAUACACCCGAGAAAGAUCUUGUUACAGCAACUACUAUGAAACGAACAAAUGUGAAACUUUUGAUUUGCUGUCCUAAAUAUUAGUAUAUCUUGGUAUUUGUUGGUGAAGGGUAAUGGCCCGGGGUAGUAAUUAUUUAAAAUCUAUUGUUAAAUUAAUAAUGCGUCCGGUCUUGUUGCGAUUCUGAGCUAAUGGGUGAACACAUAUUUCAAUUUGUUGUACGGAAUUCGAAGCAUUGCCGGGUUAAGUCGUGUUACGAGGACUGCUAGCUAAUAGAUUCAUAUUGCAGCUUUUAUGACCGAGUUUGAUUAAUAGUAUUUUAGCGGUGCGAUAGCAUGCUGCCCUUUUCCGUAGAUAAUGUAGACAGAUGGUCGUGUUAGGAACCCUUUAAUACGAAGUUUCUGGUCAUUCACGUACGCUAGUAACAGGUUGUUGUUUUAUUACAUGACGUCAAUUUUUACAGCGCUGAGAUGUAAACUCACGCGUUGCAUGGUAGAGCUAAGUUAUUUAUUGUAGCUAUAUCAUCAUACUGUUCGCAAGAAGGGUCGUUCUAACUUUACUCAGUAAGCAUUUAACAUUGUCAAUCUGUGCCAAAAACAGAUAAAAUUUGCGUUGUCUAGGAAAAUCGCUUCAUAGGUUUGGACACUAUGAAAUUAUGUGCGUAUCACAAUUUAUGACUAAUAAUCAACUAUGUUAAUCAGCCUGCAUUACCAGCGUUGAUAAUUAUGCUAAUCUUACUAUAUGUUUUGAAUUGACUGACUACGAAUUGUGCAUCUUCAAUAAAAUUGUCUUCGGUACAACCA